CAGGCAGCUUCUUAUAGAAACCACAAGCAGAUUGUGCAGCAGCAGCUCGACAAUGAAGCCGACGUUAACGCGCAAGAUGGAUACUACUGCAACGCAUACCAGGUGACUUCAACAGAAGGCCAUGAACAGGCUAUGAAGGUACUACUCCAGAAAGGUGCUUAUUGGCUAGUGAAGGGUAUUACAACUAAGACACAUUAA